AUGGCGGACAGCCCUUAUUCAAUGGGAAGUCAUCGCGGUAAAAUCAAAGAUAAACUUAGUAGUAGUAGGCCUGUUCCGAGGCCGCGGAGAUUUGCACCGUAUACUGUUGCUCAAAAAGAAGCAUCUCAAGCUUAUGACAAGAUUCUUGCAACUCUCUAUGGGCAUGUGGUUGGUGAUGCUGUUGGUCAUCUUACAGAAACAUUAUCUAAAGAGCAAGCAUUAAAAGUUUAUGGUGCAGUAUCUAAGGAACUAGAGCUAGUUCAUAAAAAAUUGUUAAAUGAUUCUACUAGAAGAAAAUGGGCUAUUGGUGAUUGGACUGAGGAGUCAGAUAUGAUGUUGAUAAUUUUAGAAUCACUACUGUAUUGUAAAGGACAAAUUAAUGAAGUGGACUUAGCUAAACGUCUAAUGGAUUGGAGUGAGCGUGGUUUCCCAGAGUUGAAUGAUAUUUGUGGCCAGGGGCUUGAUUCUUAUACAAAAUCUGUUAUUGUCCAUCCUCAGUUUUCAGAAACACCUAAGCAUGCUGCUGAAAUUUGUUGGAGAAAUGGGCAGCAGCAGCUUUCAGCAGGUAACUGUGCAGUUUAUCGCACAUCUGCUCUAGGUCUUCAUUACUAUAAUGCUCAUGCCAAGGUUAUUCAGAAUACCAUUGAAGUGUGCUCAAUUACACAUCAAGACCCUAGAUGUAUGGCGUCUUGUGUUGCUGUGACUACAGCAAUAUCAUUGAUGAUGCAAAACAAACAUAUUAAAAAGAAUGGCCAACUAGAUGUUGAAGAACUGAUAGGGGAAUGUUAUAGAUAUGCUUCUCAUUGUUUAAAUGGAAGACCAAAGGAAGAGUUUAAAUCCUUAAAAAAGCACAUGCAAGCCAUUUCACUUAAAGAUCUCAAACUUGGAGAUAUUGGAAACAUGUCCUUUACCUUUAAAGCUAUGGGUGCUGGAUUUUGGGCAUUAAAGCAAAAUGACUUCAGAACAGCAAUCCAAGAAAUUGUAAUGGAGGGAGGUGAUUCUGAUGCUAAUGCUUCUGUUGCUGGAGCAUUACUAGGUUGUAAGUUGGGCUAUUCUGCAAUACCCCAAUCAUGGAUUGAAGGUUUAAAGUUUAGAAGCUGGCUAGAUGAUUUAGUAAAUAGAUAUUUGCACAUGAUGGAAAGAGGGAGAGCAUUACCCAAGUCUGAAUCUGCUGUUUAAUGAUUUGCUCCUAAUACAUGGAUUGGUCAUUCUUUUAAUUUAGUAAAUGUGGCUUGGAGAAAACCAAUGCUGUAGCAUUUAUGGACCAGUGAUUAUCUCUUGUCAGCGCAAAUAUUUUAUUUAUGUAAUUUGUAUUGGUGCUUACAUUUUGCAAUAAAUUUCAAUAAUUAAUCCUUAUGUCUGAAGUAAUUUCAGACUACCUUUAAAAGCUGUUUGUAAGAAUUGUCUUAUUUUGUGUGGGAAAGGUUAUUACAUAUCACUUUAACAAUGCAGAUUUGAUCAGCUUUUAUCUGAGUGUAGUUAGCUGGAGCAUUGUUUAUUACCACAAGUGCUUUCAUUAGUUGAGUUUUCCUGUUGGCCCUCCACAGCAAGUUUUAUUUUAGUACAUUGAAAAGUAGAGCAACACGUUGGUUAUCUUUUCAAAUUACAGAAACUGCAUAAAAACUAUUAGUGCACAUCUUUCCACUUUUCUUAGGUUCUUCUCUUUUUAUAUCUUGUUAAUAAGUUACUUAAAGAAAAGAACUACAGCAAUUCCAAAAUUGCUCUAGAACUAUAGAGUGGCUCACAAAAAUUUUGACUGUAUUUCAGGAGUCUUUAAUUUGCUUUGCAACAAGAAAUGGUCAGAAAUUUGUUUUGAAUGUGUAACAGUGACAAUGUUAUGCUGUAAAUGCUAUCUCUCCACAACAGUCAGUUAUGCUAAUAAAAGAAUUUUUAAAACAUCUGUUGAAUACUGGUAUUAAAGUACCAGGGUUGCAAUUUCUCACAGACUAUAUAUGAAAAACCAAUCUAGAGUGAAUUAUGAAUAU